CUUCAAAUUUCCCUACACAAGGCUGGCCAUUUGUGCAACAACCUUCACUCACAAUAAAAUAACCCUCGUAACAGCCCUCAUAAUAGCUGUUAUAUUUAUAGUGGGUAAACACUGUAGUUAUAGCGGACUCAGUGGUCUACCUGCUAUAAUUAUAGCGGCUACUCUAGGAUGGCUAUUGCGUAUGGUUUAUCUUCCAAGUUUUGUCCUAUGUAGCCUCAUUAGACCUUGCUAGGUUACAUACAAUCUUCGGCUUCGUCUAGAAUCUCCAUCAAAAUCAACACUCAUCUAAAAUGGCAAAGGGAAAUCCACCGUGGGCGCUCCGUUGGCGCUCAAACACGCUCUUCAUAUUGACCACGGUAGCGGUCGGUCUCUUUACAGAUUUGUUUCUUUAUGGCCUGGUAGUCCCCGUACUGCCAUUCAUGCUGCGAAGCAGGCUUUCCGUUCCAGAGGAUAAAAUCCAGUCGUAUGUAUCAGGUCUUUUGGCAGCAUAUGCUGGUGCAUCCGUGGUGUCGUCUAUCCCCGCCGGAUGGAUUGCCGACCGCACCAAUUCUCGGCAGUUACCCUUCCUCAGCGGACUCGCCGCUCUACUUGCCGCAACUAUUCUGCUAGCUAUUGGAAAGAACAUUGCUGUGCUAGUUGUCGCUCGCAUUCUCCAGGGCGUCAGUGCAGCAGUUGUCUGGACCAUCGGUCUUGCCAUGGUGCUUGAUACCGUUGGGCCCAAGAAUCUAGGCAAAGUCAUCGGAUCAAUUUUCUCUUUCAUUUCAAUUGGGCAGUUGAUGGCGCCUGUAAUAGGCGGCGUGCUAUAUGAGAAGACUGGAUAUACCGGGGUCUUUGGUUUAGGCGCAGGCAUACUUGUGUUAGAUUUCCUGAUGAGACUUCUUGUCGUCGAGAAGAAAACAGCCAAAAAAUAUAACGAGUCGAUUCCGGAUAACGAGGCCAAUCCACGAGAUAUGGGGUCAAGAGUUGAUCAAAAUUCUGAUGAAGCUGAUCAUGAAGCGUCUGAGGAGGACGCCCUGUUACCGAAGAAGGCAGAUGAAGCGUAUAAGAUCCAUUAUGAGCCAAACAGUCUCAUACAUGCACUACCUAUCCUCGCUUGCUUCAAGAGCCCACGUUUGCUCAUGAGCCUUGGCCUCGCUUUUGUUCAGGCCGUCUUGCUAGCUGCAUACGACGCCACCAUCACCACCGAGGCUCAAAGCUUAUUCCAGUUCUCGCCUCUACAAGCAGGGCUUAUCUUUAUUGCCCUUGAUGUGCCAUAUUUAUUACUUGGGCCCGUGGCAGGUUGGGCUGUUGACCGAUACGGAACGAAACUUGCGGCGGUAAUUGGGUUCGGAUGGAUGGUGCCAGCCUUGAUCUUGCUGCGAAUUCCCGCGCAAGAGCUGCUCCCAAAGUCGCAGAACAUCAUCUUAUACUCUGCUAUUCUAGCACUUAAUGGGGUCGGGUUAGCCAUUAUAGGUUCGCCUAGUGUUGUCGAGGCGAGUGAUGUAGUGCAGAAGUAUGACAAGGCAAAUCCAGGAUUCUUUGGAAAGAAUGGCCCAUAUGCUCAGCUCUACGGGUUCAAUUCACUCUUCUUCUGCACUGGGCUUACAAUAGGGCCCGUUGUUGCAGGUUCUUUGAAGGAUUCUAUCGGAUAUGGAAAUAUGAAUCUUGUGUUCGCGGUACUAUCCGCAAUUACUGCUGCUCUAUCGUUCUUCAUUAUCGGGGGCAAGCCUAAAAUUCUAUCAUGAAGAAUAGCGUAAUAUUAUAGGAAGCCUCAUCAGAAGUCUCCUGGAACAUCAUUCAAUGCCAUUUGUAUACUAUCUGCUUGAUUGUUCACCUAUGACUAUUGACUUUAGUAUUGCAAGUCACUGGCAUAUACGGCAAGAUCGG